GAAUCUGCUGCUUGUCAGUGUUGAGUGAAGAGCGAUGAAGCUGGAGCUGAAGAUUCAGUUGCUGAAGUUCUGCUCUGCAGUUUUUAACGCCAUCUACCUGGUUCUAGGUCUCAGUGUAGCCGGCUGUGCCGUCUGGAUCCUGUUUGGCGAAGGAAGCUUCCUGACCGUCCUUUCCUCCGUGGAGUUGCGUACGGUGGCGGUGGGGCUGUUGAUGAUUGGUGGAGUGGUGCUAGUGGUCAGUGUUGCUGGGUGUGUAGGAGCUGAUGGAGAGCACAGGUUCCUGCUGCUGAUUUACCUGGGCUUUCUCAUCAUUCUGGUCCUGGGGCAGCUGUUCAUCACACUGUUGCUGCUCAUUAACAGAAACAAGAUUGAACAGAGUCUGGAUGCAGCAGUGGCUCAGAUCAUCCUUCAGUAUGGAGCCAGCAGUAACACUCAGGACACACUGAUGGACAAUGUGCAACACUAUGGGGAGUGUUGUGGCAGGACGGGGCCUGCUGAUUGGCUGAAGAACUCUUAUGUCCACAGCCUGAACCUGACGGGUCCAGACGUUCUUCCCUGUUCCUGUUUCAGGUCGUAUCGUCGCAGCUUCAACUCGUCCUGGUGCUCCGAGCUGCUGAACUUUACCGAGCCGUUGUACGGACGAGGAAACGGCUCGUAUGUUCAGGGCUGUAAACACACGCUCAGUGUUUGGCUGCAGGAGAACGCUCUGACCCUCGUCAGCAUGGACGUCGGCCUCCUGCUGAUCCAGUUGGUUCAGUUUGUGGUAAUGGUCUACCUGUAUCGUGCCCUGGGAAGGAAAGCCUCCGUGAAAGGAUCCAAUCAGCUGGCUGACCCUGACCACACCCCUCUGGACCACGCCCCUAUAGAAGACCUUGACCAGGGGGGACAGAACUACGCCUACAUGGACUUUGAUGGUGGUACAGACCCCAACGACCCCUCACAUUACCAUGACAAUGCAAGUCUUGUAAAACCGUCCCACAGGGUUUAUCACCAUGACAACCAGAACCACAACCAGGUGUACCUGGAGCCAGCUCAGGGCUACCAGCAGACUUCAAACUAA